GAGUCCAUGGCUAUUUUCAGGACCAGCACCAGGAAACAAGCACCAGUAAAAACAAAAAAGAAGGAGUACCUGGGAGCAUGUCUGUGCCGGCCAGGGUGGUCCACAUGAGGCGGGCUACCAUCACCGCUCUGCCGCUCUACUACUCAGGACCCCUGCUGAAGAAACUGUGCAGUGAGACGGACUACAAGAAGUUCUACGCAGAACUGCGCGGGGACGCUCUGUUUCUGUACAAAGAUGAAACGCAGGACACAUACACGGAGAAGCUAAACCUGCAGGAGAUGAAGUCCAUGCACUUAGAGUCUCCGUAUGAGAGGAAGAUGCCCACCGUCUUCACCCUCACUUUGGCCACACAGAAGGUCCAUUUAAAGAUGGACAACCCUGACACAGGAGAGGAGUGGAGGGUUUACAUCCAGACCAUGGUUCAAAAGGAGAUUCCCAGCCAGCUGCAGCUGCUGCCUGGUCAGAAGAUGCUGCUGGAGGACGCUCUAUCUCAGGAGCAGGGGAGGAAGGCCCUGGCAAACACCCCCCCUGCACUACCGCCUCGACCCGCCUACCUCCGAGGACCCUCCGCAUCCCCGCCCCCACCAGACCACAGCAGCCCCGAGCAGCUCCCGUGCGUACUAACGUACCAACGCCAUGGCCGAUGUUUUAAACACACAUGUCCUCCGCUUCCUCUUAGAUGUUUCUUCAAUGUGACGCGACAGGAAGCGGAGCAGAUGUUGGAACAGAACCCGGAAUAUGGAAGCAUCAUCCUGCGCCCCUCGGCCUUGGCCAAGAACUACGCCCUCACGCUGAGACAAGUCACAGCCAGUGGGCCCGUCAUGAGGAACUACCGGCUGACCUGCACUAAAUCGGGAUUCAUCAUUCAACUGGAAACAUCAGUGAUAGUCUCUUCCCUGAGUGACGUAUUGGAAUAUUUCCUUGAGAAGACAGAAUAUCGCCUUCAUCCUUACACGCCGUGUGAAACCUACAACACUUUUAUUGAGAUGACACCCCCGCCUGAGCGCGUCACCAUCCCUUCCCGAGCAGCUAAAAGCGUACCCAAAGCUGAAGUGGGGCCCAUGGUGUGUUCAGGGACCAAGCCCGGGGAAGGCGAAUAUGUGGUUCCUGAAGAACACCAAUUGAAUAAAAAAAAAGGUGUGAAUGAGAGAAUAUGAGAAACAGCACAGUAAAUGUUUUGGAGCGAUCAAUAUUUUUUAGCCUCAGAUGCAAUUUGAUACUUUGACAAUAGAUAUUAGAAGUGUUUGAUAGCAAGUAACUGAAGUAAACACAAUAGCACAUAUUUUAAUCUUAUUGAAUGCAGAACUUGCUAGUAUUGUUGUAAGUCAGAUAACAUAAUACAUUUGUGGUAUUGAAUGCUACAUACAUUUUUUUUUUUUUUUACAAAAUAAAGUGACUAGUGAACAAUU